GAAGGGCCUGGGGCCUGGCGGAAGCGGGGCGGGGCCGGAAGGUGACCGGCAUCAUGGCGGCCACGCCGCUGCUGCGGGACCGUCUGAACUUCCUGCACCGGCUCCCGGUCCUCCUGAAGGGGACCUCGGACGACGACGCGCCAUGCCCAGGCUACCUGUUCGAGGAGAUCGCCAGUAUCCUUCCCGUGUACCCACGCAGGCCCUGGGCCCCGAUGCUGGGGACCCGUGGCUCUUUGCGGGGGUACCCCGGUGUGGGCGGGUCUGAGGGCCACAUGCCUGAUGACGUGGGGCCCAGGGCGCCGCGGAAGCCCAGGCUCCCGAAACCACGGCCUGGGCUGGGAGGGCUCCCCGAGGGGGUCGGUGAGGGGAGGCCCCGGCCAGCCGCUCCUUCCCUAACCCGAGCGCCUCCCAGAAAUCUCCCACGAGUCCCCGGGCAGCAGCCAGUGCCUGCUGGAGUACCUCCUGAGCCGUCUGCACGGCGGCUCUGGGCGCGUGAAGCUGAAGGUGCUGAAGAUCUUGCUGCACCUGUGCGGUCAUGGCUCCCCCUCCUUCCUGCUCACCCUGAAGCGCAACCCCGCCUACAUCCAGGAGGCCUCAGUGUUCACGGGGCCCCCGGACCCACUCCACGGGAACAGCUUGUACCAGAAGGUGCGGGCGGCCGCCCAGGCAUGGGCGCCCAGUCCAGGCCCCUGAGCGCCCUCCAGGGCUUCGGCUACAGCCAGGACCAGGGCCGCGCCGGCUCUGCCGGAGAAGCCUUCCUCUCCACCAUCCAGAAGGCCGCAGAGGUGGUGGCCAGCGCUGUGCGCCCCGGGCCCGAGGGCCCCGGCACCCAGGGGCCCCCGCCGCGGGGUGACGCCUACCAGCCUGCUGUGCCGCCUUCCGCCAGCCACGGCCAGCUCACUCCCGGGAAUGCGCUCCCGGGGGCCCGAGCUGUGAGGCACCGGCCUGGACAGGCCGGCGGGGGCUGGGACGAGCAGGGCGGCGGCCCCGGCUCUCAGAGCUCCUCCCAGGAGAGCGGCCGGAGCAAGGCCUCGGACUCGGGCAGUCGGUCGGGCAGCGACAGCCCCUCGGGGGCCAGCCGGGCGCCCAGCGACCUGGCCGAGAGGGUCGAGGCCGCGGCCCUGAGUGACUGCCAACAGGAGCUGAGGCUGGUCCAGACGGUGACGCAGGGGCCACGCGACUUCCUGAGCCAGGAGGAGGCGCAGCACUUCGUCAAAGAGUGUGGGCUGCUCAACUGCGAGGCCGUGUUGGAGCUGCUGACCCGCCGCCUGGCCGGGACCAGUGAGCACGUGCAGAUGAGAGCCCUGAGCGCCAUCGCCUCGCUGGGGCGCACGGACCUGCUGCCCCAGGAGCACAUCCUGCUCCUCGCCCGGCCACGCCUGCAGGAGCUCAGCUCAGGCUGCCCUGGGCCCGUGACCAACAAGGCCGUCAAGAUCCUGAGGCAUCUGGAAGCCUCUUGCCGCCAGCACCGCCCUGCGCAGAGGCCCCUGCUGGAGCCCGGCCCCGCCGCCGCCUGUGUGGGCCCGUCAGACCUGCUGGCUGACACCGUGCCUUUCUCCGGGGGCCAGGCGUUCCUCCAGCCUCUGACGUCAGCCCUGCUGUCCCCCAAGGGCCCUACAGCCCCUCCUCUCCUGGCCGAGUGCCCCCUCCCCGCCCUCGGGGACACCCUGGAGGUCGAGACCAGACUGGCAGGUUCCGAACCCCAGGGGGCCGGGUCUGAGCGGGGCCCAGCAGGCGCGGACACCCCGCACGGAGCACCGGAGCUCGGCCCGGGCCCCGGCGGUGGCCUGUGGAGCCCCGUGGCCAGGGACAGCCCCGGCUCCUUGUUUGCUGGCAUGGAGCUGGUGGCCCGCCCCUGCCUGGCGGAGGCAGGGCCCGCCGAGGAGGAGCCCGCCUGCGCCCCGUGGACGUUGGCACCGAGGGCGGCAGCCCAGGAGCAGCCCGGCUCAGAGCCGUCGGCGUUUGCAUUCUUAAACUCGUGAGCGCGCGGGCCCGGCGUCCCUGUCCUGCGACUGCCGGGACCCCCGAUCCCACUCUGUCUCACAGAGCGGGGUGUGCUCAGGCCCGGGUGUCUGGGGUCGGCCUCUUCCCCCCUCUCUCCAAGGCCUGGGUGCAGGGAGCCGCCCGGCCCGGGGAGCUCCGCGUGGACGCGCUAUCCUGGAACGCAAGCAGGAGCCCACGGACUGGCCUGAGCCGUGACGGCCCCUCGGGGGGGUGGUGGCCGGGGGGCGGCUGCCAGGGAGGGCAGGACGCACCGGGCAUGGCCGGUUCUGGGCGGAAUCGGGAGUUCGGCUCUGGUUCGGACAGGCGGCCGGCGCGCCCUGGGCUGCUGGGUUUCCAGCCUCGCGGCGUUCUGGUCUGACCACACCAGCGCACGGCCCGUGUGGCCCCAUCUGCAAACACUGUCAGGCUCCUCAGAGGGGCAGAGGGCACCCCGUGGCCUCUCUGGGGGGACAGGACAGGAGGGGAGGCCCGGCGAUGGAGCUCUGACUGAGCCGCCCGGAGCCCACAGGGCAGAAUGGCCCUAGCUCCUCUAACCCCGG